AUGCAGGGGCGAGUAGGGGAUGGACCUGCAGGAGCCGGCGCUUGUUUCGUCGGGGGGUUUCUUUCCGUAGCGGCGCCGACGUCCCGUCACUCGUUCCGUUACUCAGGCCCGCGACCCCCUCCUUCUGGGCAGACGCAGCCGGAGAGUGGCAGUGGGGAGGAGGAUGAGGAGGAGGAGGGUGAGGGCGAGGAGGAUGAGGACGAUGAGGGGAGCGGGGAUGACAGUGAGGCCGGGUGGGAUCCCGAGACGCAUGGCGGUGGGAAAGGGGGGGAUGAUGAGGAGGACCAUGAGAUGGAUGGGUUGGAGCCAGAGGAGGUGGAGGAGGGGGUGGGAGAGGGUGGUGAAGGGGCGGCGACAGAGGCGGCCUCACAGCAUGUGGCUGAAGGAGGAGGGAGCGUGGGGGUUAAGGUGGGGAGAAAGCGGGCAUCCAUUAGGAUGCCGAAGCGGAGGAAGAGGGCGAGCAAGUUGAGGGAGCGAGCAUAUCCCUGCACAUUCACUGGGAAGCCCUUGGGCGCGGGUGUGGUCGCUCCGGAGUUCCUAGACGAGGACGGAGGGUCCGAGAGUAGUAAGGGGACUGGCAAGGGUAAUAAAAAACCGGGGUGGCAAGUACAGAUGUUCGGGCCUAAAGGGGCAGACGAGAAGCGUCAGUGCAAGAUUUGCACUGACAGGAUUUCGUGGAAGCAAUCCACAACAACACCCGGCGAGCGGCACUUCGAGAGCUACCACACAGCGCACAUGCACGUGUGGCAUCACCGUUACCACACUCCGUCCGUUCACUUGCUUGGGGAGACGUUUCCUCGUGGGGGCUACAAGGGUGUGCCGGAUGGCUACGUCGAUGGGUGGCCGCAUGCCAAGUCUUGGCCGCAUCUCGCAAAGAAGAAAGGGACGGCGUCCGGUGGAGCUGAGGGGUCAGGUGGGAUGGAGCGGUUCAUGACAACCAAGCUGUCCACGGAGGAGCUACGGCAGGCGAUCGCCAAGCUGGUGGUCACCUGCGACCUCCCCUUCCGCAUCGUCGAGUCCGAGGCCGUGAUUGUCCCACGCCUGUUUCGGGAGCUAUUGAUCGUGCUAGACCGCAACUGCGCACAGAAGAACUUCAUCCCCUCGCGGUGGACGGUAUCCCGCGACACUGUGGUUUAUGCAACAGCAGCUCUCCAGUCCGCCAUUGCGGAGAUGCUGGCGAAGGAGGGGGAGUUGGGGUGCAAGGUGUCGAUCACCAUCGACAUGUGGACGGCACCCAACAACAAGGCAUGGCUAGUGGUGACAGGUCACUGGAUAGACGAUAACUUCCAGCUGCGCACAAUGGUGCUUGGGUUCCGUGAGAUGCUCGGGCGGCAUGGGGGCAGGGAGAUGGCGCAGGUGGUUGAGGAGACGAUUGUGCAGUGGGGUUUGGAGGGGCGUUGUCUUGAUUUCACGACAGACAACGCCUCUAGCAACAUUGCCGCCUUCAGGCGGAUGUCGGAGGAGGGUGGUGGUCAGUGCUUCUUCAGCUCGCGCAUGCACUUCCGGUGCUUGGCACACGUGAUCAACCUUGCAGUGCAGGCAGCACUGGCUGUGGAUUCCAUACGGAAGUUGCUGAAGAUACUGAGAGAGAUGGCGUCGUGGAUUGGCUUCUCUCCACAGCGCUCGGGGUCUUUCUUGGGCCUACAGCGGACCUUGAACUCGCAGGCCAACCCCGCCACGCCGAAGCCGGCGUUGAAGCUGGUGCAGGACAGUCCUACGCGCUGGGGGUCGACCCACGACAUGGUCGAGCGUGCGGGUGUUCUGCAGAACCCCAUCACUGUCUUCUUCGCCCAGACACAGGGCUUGUCGAAGACCGACAAGAAGAAGGUGGAGAGUUUGCGCCUGACAGACGCAGACUGGGAGACCCUGCAGGCGGUGAAGACAUUCCUAAGCCCCUUCGCCAAGGUCUCCAAGGCAGCAGAGGGGGCGGCGUACCCGACUGUGUCGAUGGUGGUGCCGUACUACAACGGCCUGAUCGACGCCAUGGAGUCGCGCCUUGCCAAGGGGCCAUCUCCGACGCUGCAGCCGAUGAUCGUGGCGGCGCUGAGCCACUUGAAGAAGUACGCGUACAUCACCAGCAACGAGUACUGGAUCGCCACCUUCUUGGACCCAUCCAUGAAGGCGGCGUGGUUCGACGAAGCGCACUGGGAGAAGCUGCAUCCCGAGACUGACAGGAGGGUGAGGCCGCGUCCGGCGUCGGGCGAGGUGAUCAAGCUGGUGCGCGACCGCGUGGCCGAGUACCAGGCCCGGGCUGCACAGCUUGCUCCACGGCCGACCCCACUUGCCCCCGUUGCGGAGGAGGAGUACGGAGACGAGGAGGAGGACGACGAUGACGCGCAGUUUCUUCCUAGUCGCCGACGACUUGAGGCGCGUCUGUCGGCGAGCCAGGAGGCGGGGGCGGGUGGGAUGGUGCAGGAUGACGAGGUUAGCAGGUACUUGUCCGAGAGGGUGCGGUGCGACGUGACAGCGCUAGAGUACUGGCGCAGUGCCACCAACAUGCAGACGCUGAGGCGCAUGGCCCGGGAUUAUCUCGCCAUCCCUGCCACGUCCGCUUCGAGUGAGGGGGUGUUCUCCCUUGGUCGCAACCUCAUUUCCUGGAAGCGGCACCGCCUGGCCUCUCAGAGGACGCGAGCUGUCAUGAUUCUCAGAUCAUGGUACAGUUCACACCCUGGCCAGAGGAUUGGCGAGGGCCGCCGACCGAGAGGCGUCGCACCACCAGAGUUCGCCAUUGAGGGCGAGGGGGCAGAGGAGGAUGACGAGGAGGAGGAGGAGGAGGGUGUGGAGGCUGACGACACAGCUGCAGCAGAGGAUGUUGUUGUUGGUAGUAGCAGUGGCGCCUUAGUGUAG